GGUAGUGUAGUUCUAUGAUUGGGGCAGGCAGAGCCUUCUGGGUUCUGUAGUCCUGGGUGUGGGCUGUAAGGCCAAGAAUUCUGGGUACUGUAGUUUGGGGUGCACACCAGAUUCUGUGACCUGUGGCGGGCAAUGCUGUGGUUAGCAGCUGUUGUCACCAACCUCCUCGUGUCAGUUGCCCUGGUGAGCUGGACUCCUGCGUACCCUCUAUCCAGUGGGACAGAAGGGCUGAGAAGACCAGGCCUGUAGGGCCUUGCCGCUGGCUCAGAGCUGGCCGCUACCCUGACUGCCCCAGGGUGCCUACACCUGAGAGGUACCCAGACCAGGCUCCUUCUCCCGUGACCUGCCCUGCUGGGCCCAAUCCUGCCGCACCCCGGCCACACCCCUCCAGAACCCAGGCCCCGCCCCUCUCAUCACAGCCCAAGGACACCCAGAGCUGAGGUGCCCCGGCCCCGCCCCCUGCCGUGACCCGCCAAGUUGUGCCCAAUUCAGGUGCUUCGGGGCCAUGCACCUCCUCCUCCUGAACCCAGGCCCGCCUCCUGGCGUGACAGACCCCGCCCCUCCCAUGACCCCGCCCCAGGACACCAAAGCUGAGGUGCCCUGUCCACGCUUCUCCCCAAACGGGCUCCGCCCCCUCUGGGGACUUGCCCUGUUAUGCCCAAUCCUGGUGCUCCUGGGCUAUGCCCCCUCCUCUUCCUGAACCCAGGCCCGUCCCCUGCUGUGGCCCCGCCCCACCCCUCCCACGACCUUACCAGUUGCACAGCCUCCUCUCUAGACGCUUCCCGCCUCCUGACCAGAGAGCCUUCCAGAGGGGUCACAGAGCCUGCUUCUCUCUCCUCAGCAGGUGAGGAGACUCCUACCAUGACCUGGGCCUCCACCCCUGGGCAGAUUGACGCCUGAGCACGUGCCGGCCUCACCAGUCCCAGGCCUCACCUUCCUGCAAGCCCGCCCUAGGCGUCCCCCGUGCUGAGCAGAGGGAGUGUGCGGUGCAGCAGCUGUCUGCUCAGAGCUCUGUCAUUGCAAGUCAAACUUCAGGAGAUUCUGUUGCAUGGAAGGAGGGUGGAGCAGCAGAGGGUGUGGGAAGCCCAUGGACACUUUGAGCUCUACUCCAACUGUCUCAUCUUCACCUUGACCUGGUCACAGAGCCUCUGAGCCAAGGCCACUCAGUAAGAAAACUAAGGAAAAAUUCAUGAAGAAUCUCAUAAAAUAUAUCCACCAACCCCAUGCUAAAUCUACUAUGCCUGUGAGGAUUACAAUUGUGGGGCCUGCAAGAUUUGGGAAAACUACAGUUGCCAAAAACCUUGCAAGUGAAUAUGGCUUAGAACACACAUCAGUAGGAGAAGCUUUGAGAAGUGUACUGAGCCACCACCCAGAAACAGAGCUGGCACUUAUGUUCAACUCGUGUCUUCAUGAGGGAAUGAUGGUGCUGGAUGAACUAACUGUUCAAGCCUUGGACCUUUCUCUGAUGGACAGUGCAUGCCAUACUGCAGGCCCGCGCUCUGAGCUGCUCUCCUGGGUUCCACGCGGUCCUCUGCGUGACAGUGUCCCCGUCGUCCUGGUCCGGGAGGCGGCUUGUAGGGCGGCCGCCUCUGCUGGGCUUCUGUGCCCCGGAAGCUCCGCGCUGCCCUGGGUGCCAAUGGGGAGAGCACACAGCGAGCCUGCGCGGCCAGCGGGGGACGCCAAGCCUACUCGGUGACCGCGGUCCCUGAAGUUCGGGGACCGACGCCUCGUGGGUGGACUCCAGGCCGGCCUGGCCGGGCCCCAGGAGAUGCCGGGUCCCGUCUGUGGAGGAGCCCAGUUCAGACACGCGGCUACGGGAGUGUGGACACCGGCGAGCCCGGAGCUGGGCGCAGGAGGAUGCAGUGGCGCACGGGGACCA